AUGCCAGACAAGCAGGAAGCUCACCAGUACCAGGCCGGGGCGACCACAAAUAAAAAAGAGGACGAAUGGAAACAUCGAGAACCGUACCAGAUCCAUGAGAACGAUGACAACUUCUCCGUGAAAUGGGAAGGAGAGUGCCACUGCGGGAAAGUCAAGUAUCAACUAAGCCGAGACAAGCCUUUGGCUGCAAAGUAUUGUCAUUGCACUACCUGCCAGAGAUUACACGGGGCCCCGUUUCAAUGGGCAGCCAUCUUCCACAAAUCCGACAUCAACUUCAUCAAGGGCCAUCACGAUCUAGGCUGGUAUGAUCCGACGAACAAAGACACCUCCCACCACCUGCCCUGCAAAGUGUCCUGCGCCUUCUGUCGGUCACCCAUUAUGGAUGAAGGUCGCAACAUGAUCCUCCUUUUCCCACCCUUGAUCAAAAACAUCAACACCAAAAAAGGCAGAGAAGCCUUUAAACCCUCCUGUCACAUGUUUUAUACUCAGCGAGUGGCAGAAUUUCGCGGGGACGGUAUUGUUAAAUGGAGAGGCCUGGACAAUAUGAGUGAUCUGCUGGACGAUGACGAGAAUGUCCUGGUCAAAUAUGACGAAGGCAUGAAGAGUGAGGAGAUGGAUGAAAAGAAGAGGAAGCACAUUGAGUUGGAUGAUGAAGAUAUGGUGCAGGGGACUAAGAAGAAAGCCUAA